AUGUCAUCCCCGGCCUUGGGUUCUGCCUGUCAUCCCCGAUCUUGGUCUACUGCAACUCCGUCAUCCUUGACCUUGGGUCUACUGCCCCCUGGCAUCCCCGGUCUUGGGCUCUACCCCCCCCUCCCUGUCAUCCCCGACCUUGGGGUGUACUGCUCUCCUGUUAUCCCCGGCCGUGGGGUCUACUGCCCCCCCCGUCAUCCCAGCCGUGGGGUCACCCCUGUUGUCCCCGUCUUGUGGUCUACUGCCCCCAUGUCAUCCCAGUCUUGGGAGACUACUCCCCCUGUCAUCCCCAGUGUUGGAGACCUGCCCCCCCUGUCAUCCCCAGUCUUGGAGACUACCUACCCCUACAGCAUCCCCAGUGUCGGAGACUACUGCCCUCCCCUGUCGUCUCAGUCUUGGGGACUACUACCCCCCCUGUCAUCCUCAGUGUUGGAGACUACUGCCCCCCUCUGUCAUCCCCAGUGUUUGAUUACUGCCCCUCUGUCAUCCCCAGUGUUGGAGACUACUGCCUUCUGUCAUCCCCGUGUUGGAGACUACUGCCCCCCUGUCUCCCCAGUGUUGGAGACUACUGCCUGUCAUCCCAGUGUUGGAGACCUGCCCCCUGUCAUCCCCAGUGUUGGACCUUCUGCCCCCUCCCUGUCAUCCCCAGUGUUGGAGACUACUCCCCCCGUCAUCCCAUGUUGGAGACUACUGCCCCCUGUCAUCCCCAGUGUUGGAGACUACUGCUCCCCCCUGUCAUCCCCAGUGUUGGAGACUACUGGCCCCCCCCUGUCAUCCCCAGUGUUGGAGAUUCUGCCCCCCCUGUCAUCCCCAGUGUUGAGACUACUGGCCCCUGUCAUCCCCAGUGUUGAGACUACUGCCCCCUCGUCAUCCCAGUGUUGA